UCCAAAGUCGCCAUAUUUAAUUGAGUUGACUGAACGAUAGUAAUUUUUGUUUUAGUAUUUGAAUGCAAUUUUGUUAUUAUUUUCAACAUAUAUUAAGUAGAUGUUGUUAAUAUUAAAUAAAGGUAAACAUUGAUCGAUCCAAAAUGUCCGACCAAGAUAGUGAUCAAGGAGAUGAUGUUGUCCAUGUGAUGACAGACUUCCUAGCCCCUGCUGAUGAUGACUUUGCUGAUGAGAUGGAUGCAAGUACCACCUCAGCAGGUGAUAAGAAAGUUGCUGUAGUUAAGAAACCAUUGAAACCCAAGACCAAGCCUGCUAAAGCAAGUAGUAAAAGCAGCAAGCCUGCCAAGUCAUCCACUCCAAAUACUAUGGAGACAAGCUCACCAAAAACAUCAACUGAUUCCAAACCUGACACAAAAACUAAUGCGAAUGGAAAAGUAGGUGCAAGCACAAAAAAGAAAACCGUCAAAAAGAAAGCACCUUCAGAUGCUACAAAGAGCGAGGGUUCGCCAGCAAAGAAACGGAGGGAGGUGAAGCCGGAGACACCUGCCCAGGAGAAUGCAUCGGAAAAGGACAAAAAUGAACUGACAGAAAAGAAAGAAAAGUUCAAAUCACCUAAAAAGAAAUCUAGUACAUCUAGAAAGUACAGAAGUGAUGAAGCUGCAAAGAGAAAAAAGAUACUAGAUCAGAAGGAAGUAGAGGUUACCAAUGUUGAUCUGAAUGAGCAUGGAGCAGAUGGUGAUGAUGAGCAAGAGGAGGGACAACAUGAAGAGGAUUUUGAAGAGCUAACCUAUGAAGACAGUGAUGAGAGAGAGGUCCGAACAUCCAAAGAAGAAACACCAGGCACCGGGGACAUGGAAGGAUUUGACACUCGUAGUGAGGCCAGCUCUAGUGAUAAUAGUGGCUCACUAGAAAGCGAUGGAUCAUCAAGUCAUCACGGUGGCUCCCGGCGCAAACGCAUCUCUCCUAUUGUUUACGAGAACGAUCGACGGAAUAAGAAUCUAGAAGAUCAACAAUCCAAGUUGAAGUAUCUGUUUCGUGGUGCUCGCUAUUUUCUCAUAAAAAGUAACAAUCAUGAAAAUGUUGCUCUAGCUAAGGCAAAGGGUGUCUGGGCAACACCACCAAUCAAUGAAACCAAGCUGGGUGAUGCUUUCAUGUCCUGUCGUCACGUCGUGUUGAUAUUCUCGGUGAAAGAGAGCGGUAAAUUUCAAGGCUACGCACGUAUGAGAACACCUCCAAUACGGGACGGACCAAUCGUAAACUGGGUUCUGCCUACGGGACUCAGCCGAGCUGCUCUGGGAGGCACUUUCCAACUCGACUGGAUAACAAGACAAGAUGUAUCAUUCACAAAAACACAGCAUUUAUACAACCCUUGGAAUGACAUGAAGCCAGUGAAGAUAGGACGAGAUGGCCAGGAAAUUGAAUCCCGUGUAGGUGAAGAGUUGUGCCGUUUGUUUCCAAUGGAUCCACACAUUGACAUUGUGGAAAUUUUGCGCGAAGCACGCAGAAGACGUCGUGACCAAGAUUCUCGUGGUAGUAGCCGUCCGUCACGUGACUCAAUGAGCAGACCACCACGACAAGACUAUCAACGGAUCAAGAGGAGUAGACACAGCUAUGACAGGCGAGAUGACUACGACAGACCCAAGAGAAGACCACCUCCUUAUAAUGACGGACAUCGUGACAUGAUGCCUAGUGGAUCCUCUUACUCGGAUUAUCUGCGGGAUUACCACCAAGCAAGACACCCCCUACCAAUGUCUUUGUCUCCAUAUGGACCCCCUGGUCACCCACAUCAUAAUUCCUAUCCAGGGCCAAUGGGGCCGCCGCCACCUCACUUCACACAGAUGGACAGAUCGCUCCAUUCUUUACCCAUGAGAGAUCGGAUGCGCGACUACCCACCACCCCCACCACCCAUGUCACGCCGUGAUCGGGACCGUGACCGUCAUCGCGAUCGUGACAGGGAUCGUGGCCGCCGGGAGCACAGACGAGAUAAAGAUCGUCGAUCGGGCUAUAAUUCUAGGACACAUUCAUCUGCUGUUGAUGACUUUAUAAGACUCAAUCACCAGAGUAUGCGAAGCCGACGGAGUCGCAGCCCGCUGUCGCCACCACGCAGCAGAGGUCAUCGCAGGCGAUAAUUUCCUCUAGUUUAUCAGUUGUAUAUUACUUACAACUCCAAAAAUAUUGUUUUUGUAUUUUAUUUUUAUUCUAGUUGUAGUGAUGUUGUAUGUAGUGUAGUAAUAGUGUAUUAUAGUUUAGCUUUAUUUAAUUCUGACACACCCAGGUUUUUUUUAUACCAUAUUUGGACUAAAUUACUUACUGCCCUUAUUACCAUGAGCAGUGAGAUUUUGGUUGGAAAUUGUCAUGUUUAAUAUGUCAAACAUGUAUUACAAUAUGUUUGGUUGGUUUACUGAUUUACUGAAGAGCAGAGCAUAUGUUUUGCUAAUUGUUUGCAUAACAGUAUUUUAUUGAUUUUAAGAUGUCGUCUGUAAACCUAACGAGAAUUGAAGAAGUUGCGAUAAAAUGUUUAUUUUAAAUUACUGAUAGUGAAAUUGAUCUCCAGGGCCUGUUGUUUAAUGAGCAGCGAAAUUACAUACAGUCCCUAGCUCCAGAACAUCACUGUAUAGUAAUUUUGUUCAUGAAUUCAAAUUUUUAUAUUUUUAACAUUACACUUCCUAAGAGGAAUUUCAGACGUUAUGAUAACUGUACUGUUAAUGAGGUUGGAAUUGUCAUAGGUGUCAGGGUCGCAUCUUGAAUAAAAUAGAUUUUCAUCUUUUAAAUAAGUCAAUUUUAGAGCAUUAGCUAAGCCGCUUAAAGUGAAAGUUUAAUUGUUUUAAACAAGGUAAUUGAGUGUUUAGGGUUGUCAUUUUGCCGCAGCUCAUGUUUCACUCAGUGUCGACUAUGAAUGGUGGUUUUUUUUUCUUUUGAAUUCACAAUAAAUUGUGGGUAAGAGA